CACACUCAGCAAGAAUUUUCUGUCAUGUAAUAAGCGUUAGACUAACAUUAGUUCAUCGUAAAUUUUGAUUUAAUUCAAAAGAAUUCUUCGAAUAAUUCGCCAUUAAUUGUUCCGUUUUCUCUAAAUUGUUUAUUGUGAAAUCAAAUUUAGCAGGUAUCACAUUAACGAAUACUUUUUAUCAACCGAACUCAAAUUAGCAAAGUUUAGCAUAAACUCUAUUGCGACUUAAUCUAACCUCAAAUUCAACAAGCUCCUAUCAAUUGAAAAACCACAACUGUAAAAGUGUAGUUCAAUAUUUGCUAUAAUAAAAAUUUGAUUUUGAAAAUAAGUUUUAAGGCAGUCAUGUUACCCAGCAACCAAGUCUCAAACUAUUAUGGAAUUAAUGGCAUCCAGACGAUUGGCGAAGAUUUGUAUUUGAACAAAAAAUGGGCUGACUUCCAUUUCGAAUUUGAGUCAGAUGAGCGAAUUCCAACGCACAAAAGUUUUUUGGGCACGAUCAGUGAUGUUUUUGAAGCUAUGUUCAAUGAUUCAUGGAAAGAGAAAACCUCGGUCAAAAUUGUGGACGCAUCGAUCGACGAAUUUAAGGAAUUUCUGCAGUUCUUCUACUUGAGCCGAGCACAGUUGACGAAAGAAAAUGUGGCCAAAGUCAUGUACCUCGCAGACAAGUACAAUGUACAAGAAUGUUUGCGGAUGUGUAAACAAUUCAUGACACUUUUACUAUCCACCGACAAUGUAUGUUGGGGUUAUGAUCUCGCCAUUCUUUACAAUCAAGAGUUCUUGAAAAAAUACUGCGAAACAAUUAUCGCAAUCGAUACAAAGGCAGUAUUUUCAUCGGAUAGUUUCCUCGAAUGUAGCAAAGAUGCAGUUACCAACAUUUUACAGAUGGAUGCGUUAUCCUGUUCAGAAACUGAAGUGUUUGAAUCAUGUAUGGCAUGGUUGAAAUUGGCGAGCCAACAAGACGAAUUGACCAAGGAAAUUGUUCAGAAAUAUCUGGGCGAUUCAUUCUAUAAAAUUCGUUUUGGAUCCAUGACGCUGGAGGAGUUCACAUCAUUCGAUCCAUCGUACGAAGAACUAUUCUCAUUUGGCGAAUAUAGAAAGUUUAUCAAGAAAAUUGCAUCGAAAAACACUGACACCGAAGAUGAAAUUCCAAGAAAAAAAUUCGGAAAAUCAUCGAUCGACUCUUGUCAAAAGAAACGCUGUGCUCGAUUAAUAUCACUUAAAUACUCCCGACAGCUAUACCAUAUUAAAAAUAGGGAGAUAACAAAAUUCUCUGUCAACGAACCAAUUUUGUUAUGUGGAUUCAAAUGUGAUAAAAUAUGGGUAUCUGUUGAUGGAAAUUAUGGUAGUGUGAAAGAAAAUCUACCGACCAAAGUGACAAUCUCUGAAAUUUCAAAGCUGUCUAAUGAGGAAAGUAUACUACAUGGUGAAAAUGUAAGCAUCGGGCCAAAUAUAUACCUCGAAGUAACCUUGGUUAAGCCAAUACUCAUUCGACCUGGAUUCAUGUAUGCCAUUCAUAUGGAAAUGUCACCGCCUGAAAAUACAUGUACUGGUGUUCUGUUGAAAUCAGAAGUGAAAUUGGAUUCGGGCAUCACUAUUCAAUUUCAUGACGAUCCGACCAUAGAUAAUACUGCUAGAGGUUUAAUUUACGAACUUUUAUUCAAGCAAAUUUAAAAUUAAAAAAAUAUUUUUUACGCAUUCAAAAAA